UGGAGCAGGCGAUGGGUGCCCAGUACGGGUCGGCGCCGCCGGUGACCAUCGAGGUGCCCAUGGGCGCCCUGAGCCCGGGGACCCUGCUGGGCCCCCCCGGAGCCCUCACCACCAUCGACCAAUCCGAGCUCAGCUCCCAGCUGGGCCUCAGCCUGGGCGGACACGCCCCCCCGGCCACGCCCGGCCACGCCCCCGCGGCCACGCCCACCGAGGCGCCGGAGCCGCCGGAGCAGGCGCCGCUGUCGCCGCCGCCCCCCGAGCCCGGGGCGGGGUCGCCGCAGGAGGAGGAGGGGGACGAGUUCAGGAGGGCGGCCGCCUCGGCCCCGCCCCCCUCGGAGCCGGCGCGGCGCCCGAAACCCCCCAAGAAGCCGAAGAAGAAGAAGGACCCGAACGAGCCGCAGAAGCCGGUGUCGGCCUACGCCCUCUUCUUCAGGGACACCCAGGCCGCCAUCAAGGGCCAGAACCCCAACGCCACCUUCGGCGAGGUCUCCAAGAUCGUCGCAUCCAUGUGGGACUCACUGGGGGAGGAGCAGAAACAGGUGUACAAGCGCAAGACGGAGGCGGCCAAGAAGGAAUAUCUGAAGGCGCUGACGGCCUACAGGGCAACUCUGGUACCCAAAAAUGGGGGAGGGACCAAAUUUGGGGGGCCUGAAUUAUGGGGGAGGGGCCUAAGUCAUGUGGGAGGGGCCUAAAUUAUGGGGGAGGGG